AUGAUUCAAUUAAUAAUGUUAUUAAUCCUAGUUAUUUGUGUUUUAGUUGGGGUAGCUUUUUUUACUUUAUUUGAACGAAAGCUUUUAGGUUACAUUCAACUACGGAAAGGGCCUAAUAAAGUAGGGCUAGUCGGGAUCUUGCAACCAUUUGCAGAUGCUAUUAAGUUAUUUUCAAAAGAACAUUUACCCCCCUCUUAUUCAAAUUACUUGCCCUUUUUAAUAGCACCGUGUUUAAGUUUAGGGUUAGCUUUAUUAGUGUGGACAAGAACACCUUCUGAUUUUAAUUUGCUCUCGUUUGGAAUAAGUGUUUUAUUUUUUUUAUGUUGUAUAAGAUUAGGGGUUUAUAGUUUAUUAGCAGCCGGUUGAAGUUCAAAUUCUAAAUAUUCUUUAUUUGGAGCUUUACGAGGGGUUGCACAGACUAUUUCUUAUGAGGUAAGCUUAGUUUUAAUUUUAUUGACUCCUUUACUAGUAAUUUUAGGUUACGAGUUAAGUUUGUUUUCUUACUUCCAAUCAAAAAUAUGAUUUAUUUUAUUAUUUCCUUUUAAUUCAAUUAUUUGAUUAAUCUCCUGCCUUGCGGAGACUAAUCGAACUCCUUUUGAUUUCGCGGAGGGGGAAUCUGAACUUGUGUCGGGUUACAAUACAGAGUAUAGAAGAGGAGGAUUUGCUUUAAUUAUAUUAGGUGAAUACACAAGAAUUUUAUUUAUAUCUUUCCUUUUUGUUUUGAUUUUCCUUGGGGGAAGAACUGGGUUUAGAUUCAUAUUUAAAUUAAUAAUAUUAGCCUUUAUUUUUGUCUGGGUUCGUGGAACUCUCCCCCGUUUUCGAUAUGAUAAACUUAUAUAUUUAGCUUGGAAAUCUUUUUUACCUUUUUCUCUUAUUUAUUUAAUCUUUAUGGGGGGAAUUUUAAUUUUAUUAUUUAGUGAGAGGAAAGAAUGUUAA